GCGAUACCCUCUUAUCAGAUGCGAUUCAAUUCCAAAUUCUUUUUCCAUGAACGCAGCAGCAGCUCCAACAAAUCUCUUCUGCACCCUUUCACCAAAUGUACACCCAAAAUUCCACACGCAUCUCUGGAAUAGUCCCUGUCUCAGUACCAAUUCCAAUUCCAAUCUGAGAUCGCUGCAAGUGUCGUGCCGAGACGGGAAAAAGGAAGAAGAAGUACUGGCAAGGGAGGUGAACCUGGAAAUCAAAAAAUUGAACACCCAAGCAGAGGAGGCGUUUCAGAGGAGCAGGGAGAUGCUGUUCGCGGAGCUCUGCAGCUUCGUCGGGUUGAAAUCUGCGGAAAUGCGCCGGAAAUGGCGGAGGAUGAGCGACGAGGAGCGGUGGGGCUUGGCGAGGGGUUUUGUGGCGGAGUGGAGCCUUCAUUUGCACCCACUCUCCGCCAGGUCUGUCAAAGAAUUGAUCAAUCAGCACUUGUCCCAAUCCCAAAGGACCAUCACCAACAUUCAACCUUCAAAUUCUUCUGGGGGAUUUUUCAGCAAGUUUUUGGGGUUUCCACUCCCUGAAAAUAAUCAAGACUAGAUAGAUAUCUACUGCUUACAUCAUAGCUGUAUUUAUUUAUUUCUUUCUUUCUGUUAGUCUGGGAAGUUGAAGAUGCUAGCUUUGUAAGCUCUAUUUUUUUUAUGGAGACUAAUGGAUUAUGAUUUAUGAA